GCUGUGGGACCCUGGUGGAAGACCCCGACACGGACCUCGUCUAUCAUCUGCUGGAGCCUGAGCGGGAGCAGCUUCCAUGUCUUCGACCAGGGCCAGUUUGCCAAGGAGGUGCUUCCCAAGUACUUCAAGCAUAACAACAUGGCCAGCUUUGUCCGGCAGCUCAACAUGUAUGGCUUCCGAAAGGUGAUCCACAUUGAGCAGGGUGGUCUGGUGAAGCCCGAGAAAGACGACACUGAGUUCCAGCAUCCCUAUUUCAUCCGCGGCCAGGAGCAUCUCCUGGAGAACAUCAAGCGGAAAGUGACAAACGUCUCUGGCAUAAAGAAUGAGGACGUCAAAGUUCGCCAGGACAGCGUGACCAAGCUGCUGACUGAUGUCCAGUUGAUGAAGGGCAAGCAGGAGAGCAUGGACUCCAAGCUGAUGGCCAUGAAGCAUGAGAACGAGGCCCUGUGGCGAGAAGUGGCCAGUUUGCGGCAGAAGCACGCCCAGCAGCAGAAAGUGGUCAACAAGCUGAUCCAGUUCUUGAUCUCCUUGGUGCAGUCCAAUCGCAUCCUUGGGGUGAAGAGAAAGAUCCCCUUGAUGCUGAACGACGGCAGUUCGGCCCAUUCCAUGCCCAAGUACAGCCACCAGUACUCGCUGGAGCGCGUCCGCAGCCCGUCUCCCUACUCCGCGUCCUCCCCAGCGUACAGUGGCCCAAACCUGUACUCCCCCGACUCGUCUGCCAACUCCGGCCCCAUAAUCUCAGAUGUGACCGAACUGGCGCAGUCCAGCCCCUCGGCCUCCCCCAGCAGCAGCUUCGACGAAAGGAGUAGUCCGGCGGUCCACAUCAAAGAGGAGCCCCCCAGCCCCCCGUGUAGCCCCCAGUCGGCCAACAGCCCUGUCGGAGCCCCUGCUGCUGCCGCCGACACCCCACUCUCACCAACCACCUUCAUCGACUCCAUCCUGCAGGAGGAGGAGCCCGGCAGCCCCACAGCGCCCCCCGCAGGCAGCGCCCUCGUACAGCCGCCAACCCCCGAGAAGUGCCUCAGCGUCGCUUGCCUGGACAAGAGUGAGCUCCACGACCACGUGGACACCAUCGACUCCAGCCUGGACAGCCUGCAGACCCUGCUGACGACCCAUGGGUUCAGUGUAGACACGAGUGCCCUGCUGGAACUCUUCAGUCCCGCCAUGACAGUCACAGAUGUGAACUUGCCAGACCUGGACAGCAGCUUGGCCAGCAUCCAAGAUCUCCUGUCCUCCCAGGAGCAGCAGAAACCUGCAGACACCGAGGCCUCCCCUGAAGAUGCAGGCAAGCAGCUGGUGCACUACACCGCCCAGCCCCUCUUCCUGGUGGACUCGAGCUCCGUGGAUGUCGGCGGCGUGGACAUGCCCAUUUUCUUCGAACUGGGGGAGGGCCCCUGCUACACGGAAGGCAACGACUACUUGGAGGACCCCACCAUCUCCCUCCUGUCUGGGACAGAGCACCCCAAGCCCAAGGACCCAGCCGUCUCCUAAGGCCACGCCUGGUCUGGCGACAAGAGAGGCUGCCCGGGCAAGGGCCUCCCUCGCUUUGCUCCGACUCCGUUGCCGCUUUCUCUCGCUCUCCGGUGACGCAAGGGCUCCACUCGUGUGUGUGCUGAAUUCACGAGGGGUCCAGACCCCUCUUCUGGGAUGGCAGCUCUGGGCAGAAAGGGGGUCUCUGAAGAAGGCACAGGGGCACUAGGCAGUGGCCGCCCUUCGAGGCCGGCGAGCACCUUUGCCCUGGCCUGGCCUGGCCUGCCAUCCAGACAGUGGAGAGAGGCUGGGGCGGUCAGCUGAAGGGUGGGGGGGGGCAGAGGGAAUCCCUCCGGUCAGGACAAACGUGUUGGUUUUUAAAGAGAAAUAAACGUGUCUCCCUUGGGGCUCGAGGGCUGGGUCCCUUUGUUGUGUCUGCUGUCCCGGGGGAGGGGGGGCUCCCGUCGGUUAGGAGGCACCGGUGUGAGAAGUCGCCCCCUCCCCACCCGCUCUCUUCCUCCUUGAGUGCCCCCCCUCCCCCAUUGGGGUUUGUUUUCCUUGGCUUAGCAGUAAGAAUUUGUACAUUCACACUUUUGAUUGUUACUAGAAGAAAUUGUAUUUUGGAUUUUUACAUGAGAGAAGCCCCCCUCCCUCUCCUCUGGUAUAUAAAUAUAUAUACACAUAUACAAAUAUAUCUAUAUCUAUAUGA